UGCGGAGGUGAGCGCCGGCACCUGGCUCGGCGCCCCGCUCCUCGGCGAGAGGCUCGGCGCGGCCGUUGGGGCCGUUGGAGGAGGCGGGCGAGCUUUGACCCUGGCUGUGCCUGGAGGAGGAGGUGGGAGGAGAUGCCUACAUAGAAGAGUGACAGCAGCUGGACUGCAUGUUUCACUGCUGAGCUGGUUCCUCAGGUAUCCUGGCCCGGGUGAUUGCUAUGGGAGAGCGGAUGACUGUUACAGAUCCAGAUCUGUCUUCAGAAAGCAAAAAUAUCUGUCAAUAUACCUCAGAAACAAAGAUGUCUCCAUCAAGUUUAUACUCACAGCAAGUGCUAUGUUCUUCAAUACCUUUAUCAAAAAAUGUGCACAGUUUUUUCAGUGCCUUCUGCACAGAAGAGAAUAUUGAACAAAGUAUUUCAUAUCUUGAUCAGGAAUUGACUACUUUCGGUUUUCCUUCAUUAUAUGAAGAAUCCAAAGGUAAAGACACAAAGAGAGAAUUAAAUAUAGUUGCUGUCUUAAAUUGUAUGAAUGAGCUACUUGUACUUCAGCGGAAGAACCUUCUAGCUCAGGAAAAUGUAGAAACACAGAAUCUGAAACUGGGAAGUGAUAUGGACCAUCUGCAGAACUGCUAUGCAAAACUUAAGGAACAACUGGAAACCUCCAGGAGAGAAAUGAUUGGGCUUCAGGAAAGAGACAGACAGUUACAGUGCAAGAACCGGAAUUUGCAUCAGCUACUGAAAAAUGAAAAAGAUGAAGUACAAAAAUUACAAAAUAUCAUUGCAAGUCGAGCUACUCAAUAUAAUCAUGAUAUGAAGAGAAAAGAACGUGAAUAUAAUAAAUUAAAGGAACGUCUACAUCAACUUGUUAUGAACAAAAAGGAUAAGAAAAUAGCUAUGGAAGUUUUAAAUUAUGUGGGGAGAGCCGAUGGAAAAAGAGGUUCCUGGAGGACGGGUAAAACCGAAGCCAGUUUCUUUCUCAGGAAUGAAGAUGAAAUGUAUAAGAUUCUCUUGAAUGAUUAUGAAUAUCGUCAGAAACAAAUCCUAAUGGAAAAUGCUGAACUUAAGAAGGUUCUUCAGCAAAUGAAAAAGGAAAUGAUUUCUCUUCUUUCUCCCCAAAAGCAGAAACCUAGAGAAAGAGCAGAUGAUAGUACAGGAACUGUUCUCUCUGAUGCUGAGGAGGAUGCUGGGGAACUGAGCAGGGAGAGCAUGUGGGACCUUUCCUGUGAAACUGUGAGAGAGCAGCUCACCAACAGCAUCAGAAAACAGUGGAGAAUUUUGAAAAGUCAUGUAGAAAAACUUGAUAACCAAGUUUCCAAGGUACAUCUAGAAGGUUUCAAUGAUGAAGACGUAAUCUCACGACAAGACCAUGAACAAGAAACUGAAAAACUCGAGUUAGAAAUUCAGGAGUGUAAAGAAAUGAUUAAAACUCAGCAGCAGCUUUUACAGCAGCAGCUCGCUACUGCAUGUGAUGAUGAUACCACCUCACUGCUUCGAGACUGCUACUUGCUGGAAGAAAAGGAGCGCCUCCAGGAAGAGUGGUCCCUGUUUAGAGAGCAGAAGAAGAACUUUGAGAAGGAAAGACGAAGUUUUACAGAAGCAGCUAUCCGCCUAGGAUUGGAGAGAAAGGCAUUUGAAGAAGAAAGAGCCAGUUGGUUAAAGCAACAGUUUUUAAAUAUGACUACCUUUGACCACCAGAACUCAGAAAAUAUGAAACUUUUCAGUGCCUUCUCAGGAAGUUCUGACCGGGACAGUCUUACAAUCUCGAGGCCACGGCAAAAGAAGCCUCCCAGUGUCUCUAAUGGGUCUCCAGUUUGCACAUCUAAACUCGCCAAGUCUCUUCCCGCUUCUCCUUCUACUUCAGACUUUUGCCAGACGCGUUCCUGUGCAUCUGAACAUAGUUCCAUCAGCGUACUGAAUAUAACUCCUGAAGAAACUAAACCAAAUCAGGUUGGAAGAGAAUGUACAAAUCAGAAGUGGAGCCUGGCAUCAAGGCCUGAGUCACAGGAAGGUUGCUAUAGUGGAUGCUCCUUGACCUACACAAACUCCCAUGUAGAGAAAGACGACUUACCGUAGACGUAUGGACUGGAAUUGUUUUCAUUGACACGUUCAUCAGAUUGCACAUCUAAGUUGAAACAGGGUGUGUCAUAAAGUCAGUCAUCUCUAAUAAUUUAAGAUGGUCUGAGUUGUUUGGACUUUUCCUGUUCCUCCCCCAAAGAGCUAAAAUGUUAAAUCUAUUUAAAAGGAUAUAAAAGUUUGGAUAUGUAUUUUUAGUAACAGAAGCAUCUGGUUCUGUGAAUAAAGGAAUGUAUAUGUUUGGAUGGAAACAGAAGCCCUAGAAUGAGUUUCCUUUCAUAGGUAUUAAAAAUAGCACUUUUAGGAAACUGAUUAUUGUAAAUGUUUAAUUUUGUCUCAUAUAUAGUUGGCAUUGAAAGUUUAGCCUUUACUUGAAUGUAUACUGUAGAUUUUUAACAAAGCAAGUUCUAUAUUUAUUAUGUUUAGUGUGAUUUGAAAUUUCCUCUUUCAUAUGUUUUAAACAAAGUGAAAUUUAUGUAUGUUUUGUACAUAGAUAUACAUGAUUAUGUUAAGAGGCUUUAAGAUUUAAAAAUUUUACACAUCCAUAAUUAUAGUAUUUCAUGCCAAUAAAAUUUUUUAGUGGUACUCUGUUUACAGAUGUAUUAGAGCCAUUGCCACAUUAUGUUUAAGAAUUUUUUGAAUGCAUCUGAGCAAUAAAUACUCAAAAGCUGUUCCAUGAAGCUGACUUCUUUAGAUAAUUAACAUUACCGACAUUACAUUUUUGAGAUUUCUACAGCAGUAGAGUUUUACAUAUGUAGGAUAUUAUAAUUUUUCAAAGGACUUUUGAUUAUAGGAUAAUAGAGGCAAGAUAAAAGUAUCUUUGAAUAAAACAACUUAAGAAUAUUGGUUUAAGAUACUUGGGGGGAUAGAUGAUCUUUACAUAUCGGAAUGGUGACCUGUUCUUUCCUAGAGGGGGACUAGUAGUGCAACAUGGGGACCAGCUCGGGCAUUGUCUAGUUGCCAGUAAUUUUUAAAUGAUUUUUCAAUGGAGCUUUUGCCACUAAUGACAAAUCUGACAGCGUAAAAAGCAUCAGAUUUUAUCCAAAUAUAAUACUCUAGAUAAACUUGUGUCAUCUCAUUUCCAGAAAUGACUGCAUGUUUCUUCAUGUUGUUACUGAUGAUAAUAAAUGUAGGCCCAGGUUCUUUCCCAGAAUUUGUAUCAGAAAGCUUCAGUGCCUAAGCCUGUUUGUCUUUAUACAUAGAAGCCCACACAGGUCCCAGGCCUAGCUAGAUACCGUAAAGCUGAUCUGCCUUCCCAUGUUCUCAUAGUUCAGGCUCUUACGUACACUCACCCUGUUAUGGCUCUUCCAUUUAAAUCCAUCAUGCUAAAAAAAAAGGAAAAGUCUUAUUUUUGUCAUCAUUCACUAUAAGAGUUUGUGUAGCAACCAUUUUUUCAGGGCUGAUAGAAUAUCAUUGAGUAUCUUACAAGACAAUGAAACUACUUGUAACACAAUAACCACAUUUACAGUUUCAAAAAACUAGCUCUUAAAAAGCAAAGCAGUCACGGCCUUCAGUUUGAUGCAUGGUCACCACUUCACAAUUUAAAAUAUUAGAAAUGAUAUAAAGUUUCUGAGAUUGUACCAUUCCAAAGGAGGAGACAACUGAGGCUUAAUUUUAACUAUUGAGCAAUAAUAUGAUCAAAGAACGGCAAUCAAAUUUUAGAAAUAGCCAGUGAUCCAUUUGUCAAGAUUUUGUUUUUGUCAGGGAUUUCCAUGAUCUACUUUGCCAGGAAAGAACAUUUUAAUUUUUAAAGUAAAUCUUGCUGCAAGGAAUAAUGCAUUUCAUGACCAUGGAUUUCUGCAAAGCAGCAUCUGUUUUUUUGUUGUGUUUCCAGUCUAAGUUGGUUGAAUUGAAGCAACAAUCCCUUACUUUGAAAUAAAAGGUGUGAAAGAAA